GUUGCUGCUGCUGUUGCUGUCAUGGGACUGCAACGUGGCCGAGUGGACGUCGAGCCGGUGCUCGCUGGUGCGAAGAAGUAAGACGGCAACUCGUCAUCCGCUGAUUCGGCAGUGAUUGUCCGUCCACCGUUCUUCUCGGGCUUUGGCAGUGAAUGUUGUACGACGACCUGUUCGGCCCGUGGGGCCCGCUAGUUAUAAUCGUGAUCGGAGCGGGACUCAUCUUGAUCGCGCUGCUCCUGUUCGCCUGCUUCCUCACGCCCGGCUGCAUCGGCUACGAGUGCUUCAGGAAACGAAGGAAGGAGGCCAAGAAUGUACCUCUGCGAGCGAAGAAUCAGGAGAAGAACCUGAAGCUGAGCGAUGUCAGCUACAGGUCCUGGAGACUGGGCAGUCUCUAUGAGAACGAUAAUGGUACCAUCAGCGAGAAUGCGGGCUCUCCGAGGGACUCGUUCAAUUCUGCCACCGCGCAAUGCGAGAACGUGGAAUGCUCUUCCACGCUGAAUUUGAUCCAGACGGAGAAGCAGAAGAACGACAAGAAGACGAGAGAGUUUCCAACCGAGCUGACAAUGAGCCUGCAGUAUCUGCCGCCCUGCAAUGACGUUAUCACCGGCAAGCUCGUUAUCGGUAUCGAGGCGCUGUGCGGCCUUCCGCCGAAGCAAUACAACUGCACGGUGGAACCUUAUGUGGCGUUGAACAUCGUGAAGCAAUCGUGGAGCCACAGGAAGCGGCAGAAGUUGCAUAGUUUCAGGACGAGAGGCAUCAGGCACACCGCCAGUCCGAUUUACAAGGAGACUUUCGUUAUUGCAAACGUGAGGCCGCAGGAAGCCAAGGAAUGGAUCUUGGAUAUCGCGGCAUACGACCACGAUAGAUACGCGAAUCACACGGAGCUAUGCUCGCUCAAGGUGUCACUGAGAGACACGAAGAAGAUCUUCUGCAGUCCGGAGAUUCACAUGUUCAAUUACCGAAUGAAACCCUCGAAUCAGGAGUUCGGUAACGUCUUAUUGGCCAUAAGCUACUUGCCCACCGCGCAGAGACUGACUAUCAACAUCAUGAAGCUACGCGACAUCAGAUUCACAACGGCGGUAUCGAGUCUGGACGAAUUUAACCCGUACGUUAGAGUACUGAUGUUGAACGGGAGGACGGGUAAGAAGAUGAAGAAGAAGAAAACUAAAUUCCUGCGCGCCGUCGCGCAGCCGGAAUUCAACGAGACUUUGACUUUCGAUCUGGCAGUCACCCAACUCGACACCGUCCAAUUCCUGGUUGUGCUCUGCAGCAAGGUCUUACCGGAGGGAUCAGCAGCCAAUGUCAGCACCGAUCAAGCGAGCGACAGCGAGGAUUCGGUGAGCUCGUUCAAGAAAUCCGCUGACGUGUUCAUCGGUAAAGUGGCGCUUGGAAAAGGCGUCAGGGGUUCGACGGAAAGGUUGCACUGGUUCUCCGUGCUGCAAAACCCGAGGAAGCUGGUCACUGUGUGGCAUACCUUGAAGUGACAAAGGCCAUCGCUACGUUGUCGCGUAUACGUGUAUAUAUACAAAGGGGCGAUCUUAAUUAUGCAGCGUCUUAGGCGCCGCUGCAACUUUACUGCGUUAACACUCGUGAUCCCGCAUAUUUAUUUUCUAAUUUAAUCCCGUUGUUAGAUACUUGCGCGUAGCUACCAAAGAUUGUUUUGCCAAUUAAAUUCUAUUUAAAUCUCUAUUCUUAUGUGUGAUCAACGAAGAGAAUAAUAAAUUAACAGUUACAAGAUAAAAGAGAGAGAGAGGGAGGGAGUGAAAGACUA